AUGGCGUUUCGAGCAGCACUGGCGGCCUUCUUGCCAUUGGCAGCGGCCGAGAAAUAUGCUGUCAUCGCAGCGGGCUCGGCAGGCUUCAUGAACUACCGCCAUCAGGCAGAUGCGUGCCAUGCCUACCACCUUAUGCUGAAGAGCGGCGUGCCGGCAGACAACAUCAUCCUCAUGAUGCAGGACGAUGUGGCGAACAGCUCGGAGAACCCCUUCCCGGGCCAGCUCUUCAACAAGCCUGGCGAUGACUCGCCCGACGUCUACAAAGGCUGCAAGGUGGACUACUCUGGGGAUAUUGUGACCGGCCAGCUGUUCAUGGACGUCCUUACGGGCAACACUGAGGGCGCCAAGGGCAAGGUACUGAAGAGCGGUGCAAGCGACAUGGUCUUCGUCAAUUUCGUGGACCACGGAGGCCCUGGCAUCAUUGCCUUCCCCAACGGCCCUGUGCUGACUGUGAAGGAGCUCUCCAAGACACUGAAGACAAUGCAGAGCAAGCACAUGUUCAAGGAGAUGGUCUUCUAUAUGGAAGCGUGCGAAAGUGGCUCCAUGUUCCCAGACCUCGAGAAGGACUCCAAGAUUUUGGCGGUGACUGCUUCAAACGCCGAUGAGUCUUCGUGGGGCACUUACUGCGGUGAUGCAGCCAUCGUGAAGGGCAAGAACGUGGGCUCUUGCUUGGGCGACCUCUUCUCGGUGAACUGGAUGCAGGACGACGAUCUCGGCAAGUUCUCUUCCGAGACCUUCCGUAGUCAGAUCGCCAAGGUGACAAAGCUGACCAACAAGAGCCACGUUUGCAGCUUCGGUGACAAGUCCUUCGUGGAUGACACCAUCGGAAGCGUUGAGACCACAGGUCGCCUCUCCUUCAGCCCCCUGGACGCCGCCCAUGGUGCUGUGGAUGCACGCGAUGUCUACGUCACCCAGGCGAUGUGGGCUUGGCAGACUGCGGCGAACGGAGAGUCCAAGGACAAGGCCUGGAAGCGCCUGGCGGGCGUGGUGGCGGACCGCGAGGCCGAUGAGGCCUUGUUCAACGGCAUCGCUGCUGCGGCUUGCUCCGAUGUGAACCCUGGAAACAUGAUCCAGUGCCAGCAGAAGUUCAUGACAGAGCGCAUGAGGAUGAAGGAUGCGGACUGCCACCACGAGUUGGCACAUGCUGUCCAUGAGCACUGCCCCGCUUCGACACCUUGGAUUCAAUUCUGGGGCAGUUUUUUUUUUUUUUUUUUUNNGGGGGGGUGGGGGGGUCUUAGUUGUGUGUGUGUGUGUGUCUCCAGGUCUAUGUGUGUUUUGUGGUGUUGCGGAGUGGGGCAGGUAAGUCAAGUCCCUUUUGCGAGUCUGAUAUCUGGGAGAUAA